CUUCUACCGGACGGUGAUAGUGAUCUGCCGUGCUCCAGCCGCACGGACCUGGGUUGACGAGUUCGAUUAGAGUGUCACACGUCGAGGAGAGGUAAUUCCCUUCCUGAACGCAGUGCUUUUCAUUCACCGUCCGAGGCAGCCCGGCGGCGACGAAAGUCAUCCCACGUCGUGGGAAAAGGAGCAACAUCGCGGGUUUAUCGAUGCAAGAUGAAUGGCGAAUCGUGCACACCAUAGAGACGCCAGGUCGGCAUAGAAAUGGGCAACAACGGCAGCAGCUCUCAUCAAUAUUGCGCGUCCAACGGGCCAACGCAGGAGAUUGCUGGACGCGGGUGGACACAGUCUUUCCCCCGGGAGCUGGGGAGGCAUCAUCCUCAGCAGCCGACAGGACACAAGGUCCUGCCGGAGCCGCCCAAUCAGCGGCUACGCGCCACCAAUAAUGGAAGCAUCAUUCACAACGGGGGAACCAUAAGUGGCCGCAGGCCGCCGGCCCUCACGCUUCCGCACGACCUUAAUAAGCAGGGAAUAUUUCGUAGCCGCAGCACUUCGGCAUCGAACAUCGGCGCGUCACGCAGCCGCAAGAUCGAGCAUCAUUGCUGCUAUUACGGGAAUGGGUCGAGAUGUUGCAUGGAGAACGAGAUGCAGGAGCUCAAAAGAUUCGGCAGCGAGCCCGAUCUGCGGUACUCGCCGAUGGCGCGAGAGGCGGUGCGUUGCAACGGGAAGCAACAGCAGCAACAUCAGCACGCGAUGGAGCACCGGCAUUGCGGAAGCGGGCAUUAUCCCGAGCGAGAGUGUAGAGAACGAGAGAGCCGGUACAGGGGCAAGAAGAAAUACAAGGCACCGGCGCCGCCGACGAACGGCGUCGUUGACGGAUCAUCUCCGGAUUCUUACAGAUAUAAUGAAUCCGGCCAGAUGCGACCGAAUGGUUGUCGCGGUGAAGAAGAGAUUCAACCGCCACCGAGGCGGUCGCGCCUCUUCAAGACGCGAGCGGAGACGAAGAGAGCGCAGGUCAACUGGCUCUCUUCUUCCUCGUCGUCGCAGACUCAUGUUGUCACAGAACGCUGUGAGAACGGUGGCAGCGGGUUAGACAACGAGCGACGGUGGCGAGGUGAAGACGGACGCGCUGCCAAUAAAGAGAAUAGGCUCGUCUGGCGGGAUCAGAGUAAUCAUCUUCAUCAGGAUCGCUGGUGCCGGGACGAACAUAGACGUUCACGCAUCUUUAACGGCAAGAAUACGCUGCAGAGGAGCAUGAGCAGUCCGGAGUUCCAAGCGGAGUUGAUGCAGGUGGCCAGGAAGGUGCGCAACAAGCUCAACUGCGGCGGCAGGUCCUCCGUGGAGUCGAUGAACUUGGAGCGUAAUAGCGACAUUGAUCGUUGCACGAAAGAGUCCAAGAUUGAGGAAGUGAAAAGGCCGGAAAAACGAUCAGCGAGGAACGAGGAGAAUUGUCCUGAGGAACGUGUGAUCGAAGACAGAAUCGUCGAGGAGAGGCGACUGACCGAUCGUUGUAAUCGAUCCGAAAAUAAGCAUAAUGAGCGUAUAUAUGAUGAGCGUAAAGAAAAUGCCCGCGAACCCGGGAGGACUAAGGACUACUUGGAGGAGAGGCAAGCGGAGGCUGUAUCAGGCGGAAAGAGACGACUCGUCGAAAAAUCAACGAUGUUCAAUGAACUCUCUGCAAUGCACCCGAAAGAACCUCUUCGGAAAAAUAUAAAAGAUCGCCUGGAUGCAAUGGGGCAUUCCUCCGGAGAAAGGUUUUCGUCGGAGAAGCACCGAAGAGAACUUCUUGAGGAUUAUCAACGAGCCAAGAGUGUCGUCAAGAGCAGGAAGUAUGAAAAUACAACGGACUCGGGUAGAACUAGAUCGGAGAGUCCGGUGAGACCUUACAUCAGGGUCACAGAUCCUCGCGGGCAGGGCUCCGGGAGGGAAAGCACGCCUGAGCGAACGAGCGAGGCUAAAGAGAGAGAGAAAGAGAGAGAUCCCGAUCGUAGAUGGCGGAAGAGCGACGUUAGGAAUACUGAUGGCGCGCCGGAUGAAAAGAGAUGGUCCUGCGAACCUGUUCCCGCCACGGCGGAGAAGAAAGAUGCAAAAUCCAAAGAGAAGCUCGCGAGAAAACCAGAAGCUAAGGAAGUCGUCCGCGAGAAAAAUUGGCACGUAUUACCAUUGCCGGAGAAAUCUGCUCCGAAGACCUUCUACUUCGGCAUGGACGAAGCAUUAUCGAAUGAGUCCCGGAAUUGCGUGGACCAACACAUGGAGCAAAUCCAAUCCAGGUUGCAGACCAGAGAGAUCAAUGGAUCAAUCGAAUGUCAUGACUACACGGAUGAUGGGAAAAGCGGAAUCGAGGACAUUUCAUUAAAAUUGCGACCUACGUUACCCAAAAAACAGCUGGAAAUUCCGCGAUUUUCACCAUCAGCAGCGUGGAGAUUAUUGUCGGCUUUAGAAGCACCUGGCCCAACCAUGAGCACAGCGAGCGAGGAAAUUCCGGUGAUGUUCGAGGAACGUAUCGAACGUUUGUCGAGGCCGCCACCGCCGCUGAUUGCGCUUGGUCCGCGAAGCUCGCACGAUAAGUCGGGCGAUUCCGGCAUAUCCGGAGACGCUGGUGCGGCCAAUGACGAUUCAUUGGAUGUCAGCACUAAUACCAACAACAACCGAUUGAAGACACCGGCGACGAGACCGACAUGGACGCCGCAACAGGACUUAGGCGAGGAGUCCAGCAGUGAUGCGGGGGUAGAUUCACCGCCACCGAUGCCGACCCCAGUGAAAUUCCCACCCAGGGCGCAUGUAUUCUCGUUAUCAUUGCCGCGUGACGACAGUCGUAUGUAUUUGUAUAACCCGGAUUUGAAGAAGGAGGGCUCGACUUUCAACUCGCUGCAGAAGCUGAAGAGAUCAGUAUCGGGCGCCCUCGGACUCGGGCCGCUGGACUUAGAGAGGAAACGUACUCGCGAUGUCCUCGACGACAACUGGUUGCUGUCAACAAGUGCCCCAACGUCGCUGCAGCAUACUCAGAUCACAGAUGUCACACGAUCCUCACCACCCGGCUGGAAGCCUGGCUUUGACGACGAGGAUGAUGAUGAAGUACUGGUGGAAGAUUUGGAGGAUCGCGGCGACUUCCCCGUGAUCAUGAAACCUCCUUCGUUCUCGUAUUUGGCUUCUGGCGGUCAUGUAAUGUAUCUGCCUGAAUCCAAUGACUCUCAUUAUCAGACGCAAAGUUUGAGCUACAGGAGCAACAUGGCAGCGGAAAGCGAGAAGAAUUCCGGUAACAGCUCCGGACCAAAGUAUCGCAAGAACGGCGUGGACGAACUCAGGAAAUCGAGCAAGGAUGUAGAGAAGACAAACAAACAUUCCAAAGAAUCAAUCAUACUAAAAGAAAAGUCUUUUGCUAACGAAAAAGUGAAUAAUAAAUUUUCCAAAUCGUGUGAGAACAUUUCCGAGAUGAAACAACGAAGUACUUCGCCCAUUGGUGGCCAACAGAAUUUGCAAGAUGAUAAGGAGAUUGCUCCAGAAGUCAAGACACCAUUAAAGAGCAAUUCGAAAGGCCGUAGAUUUACAUUCCAAAGUACUGUGCGGCAGAUUGAGAGGCGCAGAUUGGCGGAGAAGCUAUCGCGAGAGGCUGAAGCCAAGGAAAGACAAAGGAAAGGCGAGCUGGAGGCGAUGCGUAAGGUAGAGGAGGAGUUCCAACGAAAACGAGCCAGAGAAAAGGCAAAUAUCAGGCAGCAACUUCGCUUGUACAGCAUGGAUGAAAACCUGAGAAUUGCGAAAUAUUUGUUAUUAACAAUUUAUUUCAAUUACAGUAGCUUACCUACCGUGUGGGACAGUUCUCAGUUAUCUCGUGCGGACCCGGACGGCGCGCCAUCGUCAUCCGCAUCGUCACCCACGUCAGUCCCACCGGCAAAACUGACAACUAUACGAAAGAGCAGCGUUAGCAGCGAUGAAUAUUUGCGUAAAAGAGCGUCCAGCGUAGAUUCCAGACAGCAACAGCAGCAACAGCAACCAAGGGAGUACAAAGAUUAUCGGCCAAAGUAUUACGAUUGGGCGCCCACCGACUCGUCGUCGCAUCUGGAAUAUAAGCAAACCACGGUACAUCCUAAAAUAGUAUGCGACAUUCCCAAGAGUUCGCCCGUCUUUGUAGAUGCACACGCGAACGUUAGUAAAACGGCGAAUGUCAGCUCCACACCUAGAUCUGACAAUUACAGGAAAGAUUUUGCUCAUGGAGCCGUGGCGGCGAGAUCCUCCUUAGCGAGCAGCGACAGUGAGCUAUCGCAACCGAAUACGAGACCGCAUUCCAGGCAAGCCGUCAGCAAGAGCAAACCCAUACGGUCUAGGGAAAACGGGGAAGGGGUGUCGAAAUAGAGCGAAAAGAGUAAGAAACGAUUAAUCAGGUCGGCUAGCCCAACACGCAGCGAGGAAGCCAUCAGCACAGAGGAUGAGACCCCGGUGGAGCCGGUCAAACAGGAACGAAGCCUUAUAAAUGGCUUCAUAUUGAACGGUGUGCAGCCUUUCGUAAGGGAGAAGAGCUACCGACCCAUUUCAUUCAAUCCCCAACCGCCUCCGCCUAUUCCGACGAUGAUCUGGUCGAACAAUCAAUUGGGCGCGGCAUACUACAACAUCCUCACGUCCGAAUUGUUCGUGAUGGACGAUACUUGUGACGACGGUGUUCACUUCAACAUCGCGAGGGCCCUGUACAAGCAAUGUCAGCCGCGCUACGUCAUCACGAUCUCCGGCACUUCCGACGAGUUCCUCACGGCAAUCGAGGCCCUGGUAAUGUCGGAAAUGUCGAGCGAUCGGAGCAGGUCGUCGGGAAUGAGCUUGGGGCCGUCGCAGGUCUCACUGCGGGUGAUGCGGAAGAGGGAACACGGCUUCGACAGAUGCUAUCACAGAGUACGAUGUCUCAAGCUCCGGUCCGAGCCGACGAACGCCAACAACGUCGAGAGGCUUAUCUUUCUCCAGGGCCUGUUGAACUUCAAAUCGAUCGUCAUGAUCCAUGCGCUGGGUCUUCUCUUGAUCUACAUUGACCAGCAUUGGAGUAAUAUCGCAUUAGAUCCUUCCGGCAGGCCUGGCUUUAUAUCUCUGUCUAGCGUGACGUUACGUGACAUCGUCAUGAUAGAUGAUGACACUUACGAGGCGUUGAAUAUCGUGCAUGCCAGACAUCACCCGAGCCUUUUCAAGUGUGGCGAUGCAGCAGCAAAGAAGCAAAGUGGCAGCUUAUUCAUCCUCCUGAAUCGUUGCCAAUCGCGACCUGGAGCGCAAUUUUUAUGGCACGUUAUCCUCAGACUCUUUUAUAGGAAAACGUUGCGACAUCCCACUCGAAAUAUCGAGAUUCUUAACGAAAGAUUCGAAGUCAUCGAAUUCUGUUUGAAUCCGGAUAACCAGAGUAUCGUGGAAAAUCUGACGUCAUGUUUAAAACACAUUUACAACUUGACUAACGUUAUGCUGGAUCGAUAUUUAGCGCAGCGAGCAAAAGUUUCUGAUUGGCGACGAUUGCAUAAGACGAUUUCCUCUAUAAUUUACAUCGCUGACAUAUGCGACAAACAUUGUAAGAAAGUAAGGCUGUUCAACAAAAUCGUCAACAGUAUCACGAAUGAAAUGCGUUAUAUCAAGUAUUUCAUUGAGUACAUAGUGGACUUUGGUGCGAAAAAAUCCGAGAAUAAUUUCAUCGUACGCGCAAAUGUGGAUUCGCACUUGGACAACCUACAUCACGUGAGAAGCACUUUGCCCGAGACCCUGACACAGAUGGGAGAGAAAGACAUGAAAGAGCAUCUUCCAACCUCGGUAACUACCUGCAAGAUGGUGUACAUACCGAAUAUUGGAUAUCUCUUAGCGGUAACUGGAUGGAGCCCAACACCGGCCGACAAUGUGGACUUGGAAAACUUAGAGUUCAAAUUUGUCAGCAACAACAUACGUUAUUAUAAAAGCCCCAGUGCCAAAGAAUUGGACGAAACUAUAGGAGACAUAAUAAUGAGAAUAAAUAAGCGGGAAAGUUACAUUAUAUUGAAGCUUGUGAAGUAUUUAAAUAAACACGCUGCAUCGAUCUUCAGCGCGAUUCAAUUGUGCGCUGAAUUAGACACAUUGCUGGCAUUUUACGUGGUUGCGCGAGAAUACAAUUACGUGAAACCGAACGUGGUGGACCGGCAGAUCAUAGCGGUAGAACAAGGUCGACACCCCUUGCAGGAGUUUCUAACCACGUUUGUUCCGAAUGACACUUAUUCUGGAGACGGGAAGAGCCUCGUGAAAAUCUUGACCGGCCCGAACGCCUCCGGCAAGAGCACUUAUCUCAAGCAAGUCGCGUUGAUCGUGUUCAUGGCUCACAUCGGCUGCUUCGUGCCGGCAAAAUCAGCCAUUAUAGGAAUAGUGACUCACAUCCUGACUCAGAUCACGUCUGUAGACAGCAUUGCUCUAAAUACGAGCAUGUUUCUCCAAGAUAUGCGGCAGAUAAAUUCCGCUCUUUACGCGUCCACACCGAACUCCAUUGUUAUUUUAGACGAGUUUGGGAACGGAACAUCCGAAGUGAGUGGCUUGUCGCUACUCGCGGCCGUAUUGAACAAUUUCGUCGAGCGAGGUGCCGAUUGUCCACACAUUUUCGUGGCCACUCACAUGCAUCGGGUGAUGAACAUGUUGCCGCAAAGCCCGAUAAUCGAACAGCAAACUUUUGAAUUCGUUACAAACGAGGACGGAUCUGUGGCAUAUCUUUAUAGUUUAACUCGUGGACACGUGGCACGCAGCUUCGCACAUGCUGCUGCACGGAGUGCGGGUUUGGAUGAAAAGAUUAUUAAACGGGCACUGGAGGUGUACGAAAAAUUUAAGGCCGGAGAGUUACCUUCACGAUUACCGGAAGCUAAAGGCCAAGAUACGGCGGUGCACAUCAUCGAACGAUUAUUAGAAUCGAACAAUUUUAACCUAGAAGAAUUGAAAACGUUAAUCCGUCAAGUCACAGAAUCUCCAGCUGUGAAGAUAAACAACACAUGA